AUGAUGUGUAUUUAUCAUUCUUAAAGUCCAAUAUCUUUGAUUUGUGUAGCUCCUCAUAAAUGUUUAAGAAAACUUUGUGUGGAAUGCUUAUAUGAGCAUGGAGUAGAUGUUAAACUUACAAUUCCUAUUUGUAAAUUUAAAGAAUUAAUCACCAAGAAUUUAUAAGUGCAUGAGCUUAAUGGGAUAUAUGAAUUAAAGAAAUUAAGGGAAGGUUUUAAAAUCCUAAUUUCUCAAACUGAAACUAUUAUUAAGAAAUUUUGGGAAGAUAUAAAAGAAUUAAUUAAAUCAAUAUUCGAUAACAUUGAGAAAGAAAAUUAAUCAUUCAUCAAUCUUAUCAACUAAAAUGAAAAUCUUGCAGAAUCUUCAUAUACUGAUUUGAACAAUAUAGUGUAAAUUUUUGAAGGAAACAUUCUAGAUGAUUGGAAUAAAUAAAAAAAUUCUUAUUUGAUUAAUAUGAUGUAAAUUAAGAAUUGGAUAGAAUAGGGUGCAAACACAAUCAGUUAAAAUUUUAAAGAAAAGAUUAAGGAGGUAAUGAAAAUAUUUAAGUAAAAUAAUUGAUUUAUAAUUAUAAAAAGGAUUUAGAAAGAUGAAUCACUAGAAUGGUAGGAAAGUAUUACAGAAUAUGAAGGAAUUGUUUGGGAUUAAAAUUCGAUAGUUUCUAGAAAAAGAGUAAAAUUUCAAGUAAUCUAAACUAAAGAAAAAGAAAUAUAGUAUGUAAUGAAUGGACUGUUAUUGAGAAAGUAAAACUUAAGAUUUAUUAAAUUAAUAGAGAUUAAAUUUAAGACACUAUAAAUAAGCCUGAAAUAUUAAUUAAUUUAGAAUAAAUAUAACAUUUGAAUUGGAUUGGUGAUUAUGGAAAAUAAAAUUAAAAAAUUGGAAAAUGGACUGCAACUUGGAAAGGAUUAAAUUUAAGUGAUGUAGGAGGAUAUUAUUCUAAUGAAGGAAAGAAAUAAGGAAAAUGGAUUGAAAUAUUUUAGAAUUAUUGUGAGUUUGUUUAAGUUUAUGAAGUAGGAGAUUAUGUAGAUGGCUUUAAGAAAGGAACAUGGAAGUAUAUCUAUAAAGA